CGGAAAGAACCUCCGCCGCUUCGGCAGCUCUUCCCCCCGAAUUCCACUUCCCAAUCACCAUUGUUGAAUUCGAUUUUUCCAAAUUAUUAAUUUUGUAUACACCAUCGCACAACCCAGAGUAAAUCCGGUGACCCAUUUUUAAUGGCGGCGGCGAAUAAUCUACUGAAUGUGGACAAGUGGCCGUCGUGGGGUUCUAGAAGCGUCGAUUGUUUCGAAAAGCUCGAGCAGAUUGGGGAAGGAACUUAUGGUCAAGUGUACAUGGCCAAAGAAAAGGAAACUGGAGAAAUCGUUGCUUUAAAAAAGAUACGUAUGGACAAUGAAAAAGAAGGGUUCCCUAUUACUGCCAUCCGAGAAAUUAAAAUUCUAAAGAAGCUACAGCAUGAAAAUGUCAUUCAACUGAAAGAGAUAGUGACAUCUCCUGGCCGUGAAAGCAACGAGCAAGAAAGUCAUGACGAUAAUAAGUACAAGGGAAGCAUAUAUAUGGUCUUUGAGUAUAUGGACCAUGAUUUGACUGGCCUUGCAGAUCGUCCUGGACUGAGAUUUACGAUUCCACAGAUAAAAUGUUACAUGAAGCAACUGCUCACGGGUCUUCAUUAUUGCCAUGUAAAUCAAGUGCUUCACAGGGACAUAAAAGGCUCCAAUCUUCUCAUUGACAACGAGGGAAAUCUGAAGCUUGCAGAUUUUGGACUUGCACGUUCAUUUUCAAAUGACGUCAAUGCUAAUCUUACAAAUCGGGUUAUUACUUUGUGGUAUAGACCUCCGGAAUUGCUUUUUGGAGCCACGAAGUAUGGUCCAGCUGUUGACAUGUGGUCUGUUGGUUGUAUCUUUGCUGAGCUGCUGUAUGGGAAACCGAUCUUACCAGGAAAAAAUGAGCUUGAACAGUUGAAUAAAAUAUUUGAGCUUUGCGGGUCCCCCGACGAGCUGAUAUGGCCUGGUGUUUCAAAGAUCCCUUGGUAUAACAAGUUUAAGCCAGCUCGCCAAAUGAAAAAGCGAAUCCGCGAGCUUUUUAGGCAUUUUGAUCGGCAUGCUUUGGAUUUGUUGGACAAAAUGCUGGUUCUUGAUCCUUCUCAGAGAAUCUCGGCAAAGGAUGCUCUAGAUGCUGAAUAUUUCUGGAGCGAUCCGUUACCUUGCGACCCAAAAACUUUGCCGAAAUACGAAUCGUCACACGAGUUUCAGACAAAGAAAAAAAGACAGCAGCAAAGACAAAACGAGGAGAUAGCGAAAAGGCAGAAGCUUCAGCAUCCACAGCAACACGCCCGCUUGCCUCCAAUCCAAAAUGGGGGUCAAAACCCCUCACACUGGACGGGCCCCGCCAAUCAGAUCAACAAUUCUCAGCCCCCUAUCCCAAGUCAUCACCAGUACGGUGGAAAGCCACGUGGCCCACCUGGAGGUGGGCCCGGUAGAUACCCGCCAGGUGGCGCCUCGGGGGGCUAUUAUCAAGACCGUGGGGGUCAAGGUCAAAGUCAAAGUCAAAGCCAAAGUGGAGCUUACAGUAGUGGACCAUAUCCAUCACAGGGGCGAGGACCCCCGCCUUAUCCUGGAAAUAGUGCUCCUUCGAACGGGCCCCGUGGGACAGGUGGCGGAUAUGUAGCUCCUCCUAAUUACACGCAAAGUGGUCAAUACGGAGUUUCUGGGGGAAGGGGCCAAAACCCCCCGGGGGGUAAUAGAAAUCAGCAGUAUGGUUGGCAGCAAUAGCGUAGAUGAGAAAUUAAAUCAAGAAUCGGCGGAAUAGGAAAUUGUUACUUAUAAGUUAUAUGUAUAGCUGAUGAUUUUAUCUACAUAUUAUUUUCGAUAUAAAAUUAUUUUUAAGGAUUUAAGGACCGGAUCGUAGGCAAUCCCGAAACUGAUUUUUACUUGUUCUAACUAUUUGGAACUGAUUUAUGUCUUGACCAGAGGCUAAGGCUACAUGAUAUGGUAUUGUUUUAAGUUGAUCACAAUCGAAUUGAUGGUCAUGUUGAUA